CCCUUCUCACCUUGAUGGGCUUCCGGCUGGAGGGCAUUCUGCCGGCGACACUGCUGCCCCUGCUUCUGACUGUGAUCCUGUUUCUCGGCCCCCUCAUCCAGCUGUCCAUGGACUGUCCCUGGGACAUGGUCGAUGGCCUAAGAGUGGCCUUUGACCCCAGGUUUUGGGUUCUCUGUCUCACCGACAUGCGCUGGCUGCGCAACCAGGUCAUCGCGCCCUUCACCGAAGAGCUGGUCUUCCGGGCCUGCAUGGUGCCCAUGUUGGUGCCCUGCACGGGUGUAGGACUGGCCAUCGUCACCUGCCCGCUCUUCUUUGGAGUCGCUCAUUUCCAUCACGUUAUUGAGCAGUUGCGGUUUCGCCAAGGAAGCAGAGCUACUAUCUUUCUCUCGGCAGUGUUCCAGUUCUCCUACACCGCCAUCUUUGGAGCCUACACCGCUUUCCUCUUCAUCCGAACAGGACACCUCCUUGGGCCGGUUCUCUGCCACUCCUUCUGCAACUACAUCGGAUUCCCCGCGGUGGGCGCGGCUCUGGAACACUCCCAGUGCUUCCUGGUGGUCUUCUUUUACCUGCUGGGCGUGGUGCUCUUCUUCCUCCUCCUCCUGCCCAUGACGGACCCGGCGUUCUUUGGACACCUGCCCAUCUGCUCCCUCUCCAGGCCGUGAAAAUGCAGAAC